AAUAAUCAGUAUCUUUUUAAUCAUUAUAAAUUGUGUUUCUGCAUACAGAAAAUAGAGCAAAUCGGCAAAAUGACGCAAAUGUCGCAAGACGAAAUAAUAAGCAAUACAAAAACUGUGUUGCAGGGCUUGGAAGCUUUGCGCGUUGAACAUGUUUCCAUCAUAAACGGUAUAUCUGAGGUUCAGAAGGACAAUGAAAAAUCGGAUAUAUUGCGAAAGAAUAUUGAAAAUAUUGAGCUUGGCCUGAGUGAGGCCCAAGUGAUGAUGGCACUUACAUCACACUUGCAAAAUAUCGAGGCUGAGAAGCAGAAGCUCAAGACACAAGUGCGCCGUCUUCACCAGGAGAAUGCUUGGCUACGAGAUGAACUUGCUAAUACACAACAGAAGUUCCAAGCAUCGGAACAGUUGGUCGCACAGCUGGAGGAGGAGAAAAAACAUCUUGAAUUUAUGGCGUCCGUUCGAAAGUAUGAUGACAAUCAGGAGCAAGAUGAAACCUCGGAAAAGGCCCGACAUGAUCCAGUGGUUGAGCUAUUUCCAGAUGAAGACAAUGAGGACAGACACAAUAUGUCGCCGACGCCUCCCAGCCAGUUUGCUAAUCAAACAUCAGGCUAUGAAAUUCCAGCUCGAUUGCGAACACUUCACAAUCUUGUUAUUCAAUAUGCAUCACAGGGCAGAUAUGAAGUUGCCGUUCCGCUUUGCAAGCAAGCCCUUGAAGAUCUUGAAAAGACUAGUGGUCACGAUCAUCCAGACGUUGCUACCAUGUUAAACAUUUUGGCACUGGUUUAUCGCGAUCAAAAUAAAUACAAGGAGGCUGCAAAUUUGUUGAACGAUGCUUUGUCAAUUCGAGGAAAGACACUUGGAGAAAAUCAUCCGGCCGUUGCUGCUACUUUGAACAAUUUAGCGGUUCUUUAUGGCAAACGUGGCAAAUACAAGGAUGCCGAACCACUGUGCAAGCGUGCUUUAGAGAUACGUGAAAAGGUUCUUGGCAAAGAUCAUCCAGAUGUUGCAAAACAACUGAACAACUUGGCUUUGCUUUGCCAAAACCAAGACAAAUAUGAUGAAGUUGAGAAAUAUUACCAACGUGCACUCGACAUUUACGAAUCGAAACUUGGACCCGAUGAUCCCAAUGUGGCCAAGACGAAAAAUAAUUUGGCCGGUUGCUAUUUGAAGCAGGGCAGGUAUUCAGAAGCUGAAAUCCUCUACAAACAGGUUUUGACAAGAGCCCAUGAGCGUGAAUUUGGAGCAAUUGAUAGCAAAAAUAAACCCAUUUGGCAGGUGGCUGAGGAGCGCGAGGAGCACAAGUACGAUAACCGUGAAAAUACACCAUAUGGAGAGUACGGUGGAUGGCACAAGGCUGCUAAGGUUGAUUCGCCUACAGUUACAACAACAUUGAAGAACCUGGGCGCACUAUAUAGGCGACAGGGCAUGUUUGAAGCUGCCGAAACUCUUGAAGACUGUGCAAUGCGCAGUAAAAAAGAGGCCUACGAUUUAGCUAAACAAACAAAAGUUGCACAACUUCUAACAUCGACCGAGAAGCGCCGGUCAAAACAGAUGAAAGAUGAUAUGGAUUUUUCGGACGAGAAAACCAUUAAACCCUAAAGCACAUUCGUUGUCGUCUGGUCUUUGUGUGCUCCUUAUACAUAAGCUAACUCAAACAUUAACAUUAUUUAUUCAUUCCUUAAUAUUAAUUGGGUCAAUUUUCUCAAUGACGGAGUAAAAUCUUUGAUCAUAUUCUUUUUAAAAUAAAGCUGUUUAUGUUCUAAAACAAAAAAUCCUUUAAAUAUCUUUACAAUAUAUGUUAACCGAGUAUUGAGAGAACUGACUUAAGUGGACUCAAGCAUAAUGUAAUAAAUAGAUCAAGUUUUAUAAUUUGUUAUCUCUACAAAAUAUAGGAACGGCUUUUUAAUAAACAACCAAAUAUAAGUAACGA